AUGUUGAUCUCGCUAGUUGAAGCGCGUCCUACUUUAUGGGAUAAAACCAUCGCGUCUUAUAAAAACAGGAACGAGACAAAAGAAGCGUGGAAAGAAGUAUGUAUAGGAUUAAAUAGUAGUUUCGAAGAAUUAGAUGAUAAUGAAAAGAAUAAGUUUGGUAAAGAAGUAAUGAAACGAUGGGUAAAUAUCCGAGUUAAUCACAAAUCAUUAAACAAAGAAAAGUCUGUAAAAAAAUCGGGAGCCGGUGCUACUACUAUACGAAAAUACGUUUAUUUUGAUCAAUUACAGUUUUUAAACAAAAUUUUUUGUGAACGUCCUACAGAUCGGGUCGAAAAACUUUCAAGAGGAAAUAAUGUUGAAGAGAGUACGGAAAUCAAUUGUAGCAGCCAGUUUAAAUCACCACCACCGCCUCAACAACAGCUCGGUUCACGUAAACGAAAGAUAGAUGAAAUUGACAAAAAAUUGUUACAUAUUUUAGAGAAGCCGGAGGACCGGCAUUUGUGUUUUUUAAAGAAAUAA